UUGUCGUUGACCAGGUGACAGUUCACAGGGCAUGCGGAGGUCGUGUAGUGCUUUUCUUUUUUUUUUGUUUGUUUUUUUUUUUUUGCUUUUGAGCUCGUAAUUUUUUAAGCUAGCUGGGACUCGUGAUGUGAUGGCUUUCCUGAGUUUGUUCAUGAGAAGGCAGCUGACGCCGGCCGUGUCGCACUUCGUCCGGAUAGUGAAGCUGGUCCGGCCUCCGUGCGCCCGAGCCCCGCUGAGGAGGCUGCACGGCUCCGCACGGCUGCGGGUCGGAGAGAAGGGACCGUGGGGGAAGAGCCGGGGGCCGGAGCAGCAGUACCAGAUCACAGACCUCGACAAGGCGGACGCUUUGAUGCUGAGAAAGUCCCACGAAACAGGAUUCCUCUCGUGGUUCAGGAACGGACUGCUGGCGACUGGGAUCGGAGUCAUCGCGUUUGUCCAGAGUGAAGUGGGACGAGAAGCAGGAUAUGCCUUCUUUAUCCUGGGAGCUGCGUGUGUGUCGUUUGGCGGGGCCUCUUACCUUGGCAGCCUUUUCGCCUUGCGGAGGAUGAUGCUGCUGUCUGUGCCGGCACUGCUGCUCCAGAGCACCAUGGUGGGCAGCGUCGCCCUCUUCUGGCUCGGCGCGGUAUCUCUCUACAUCGGCCGCCUGGAGGUGGAGAUCAUCCACGAGGAGGAGGAGGGAGAGGACGAGGAUGAGUGCAGGGAGUGCCGCGAGAGGCGCGAACACCGGGGUUACCGUGGCUCCCAUGACAGCAGACAUCAGGACAGUGAGGACAAUGAGGGCAAGGGGCCCAACAAGUAGACACCUUGGAUGGAGAGUGGAAAAAGGGUGUGUGUGUGUGUGUGUGUGUGUGUGUGUGUGUUGCUUUGAUUCAGGGUUCCCCCUUAUUUGUUUGUGUGUGUGUGUGUGUGUGUGUGUGUGUGCACGUGCGUGUGUGAGAUGUGAAGGUUAUUGUUAAGGUUGAGAAAGACUUUUAGACCUUUUGGAAAACUGGUGAAAAAGUGCUGAAAUUUUGGUAGUGUGACUACAUUCACUUCUGGUGAAUAAAUAAAAAUAAAUCCUUUUUUUUUUUAAACAAAAAGAUUUCUUAUAAUCAGACAUAUUCAAAGCUGCUUCACUUACAUUAUCAAUCAAUCUGUAAACUGUAUUGAUUUUUUUAAAUUAUUAUUUUUUACAUCUUCACAUUCACAGGCACACUGCACGGCCUCACAGAGAACAUCAGUUCUACCUUUCAUUGCAUUGUAUGCAAUUAUUUUUGGGCCAUAUUAUUGGCUUUUCUCUGCCAACUGUUGUUGGAUGCUGUUCGUCUUAUCAUCGUGUUUGACAUAAAUAACUGUGAUUGAAUACUUGAAGUUUUCAUUAAAGUCUUGAAAUAAAACAAGCUGGUUUUUGAUGUGCUGUGAGAUCUAGAAAGAAUCAACAUACUGUAAGGUAAGGUUUCAGGUCGGUCUUUUAGAAUAUAUUUUAUAACAGAGGUUUAAGUUACCCUGUGAAUUAUUUUUUUUAAUUUGUUUUAUAAGGGCAAUAGCACUUUUGUUUGUCAUUAUAGUAACUAGACUUUUGGAAACAGUAUUUAUCACAGCUUUUUCUGUGGUAAUAUAUUUUUCUCUGUAUUGUUGAUAUACAUGUACAGUACCUAAAUGUAACCAUAAACCAUUUUGAGUGGAUUUCACACCGUUUGGUGAUCACUACAAUGGCUGUCUUAAUGGAUGUAAAGAGUAACUGAUAGUAUGGGAAAGUUUUGUGUGUGGAAAUGGGGUUCACUAUUGUUUGCUUCUGUUUGUGUUUGCACCACUUUCAAUGCACCCUACUGUACAUGUACAGUAAUAAAACAAGGAGAAAUCUG